AUGGUCAAGCUAGAAGAGGUUUUGGAUGAGGAGUUCAUCCGUGAACAAGAGGGCCCCCACGACGACGACGAUUGGGAUACCGAUUCCGAAUCAGACACAUCCUCCAUCCACUCCCUCCAACCCGAUGAAACCCUCUACGAGCGCAUCCUCGCACUCCAAGACAUGAUCCCCGCCAGCACACGCCGCUCCAUCAGCUCAAAAACCAACACGCUGACAUCUUGGUUGAAGUCGGGUCUGUUCAUGGGCGGCAAGACGCUGUGGGUUGUCAGCACGAGUGCGUUGCUUUUGGGCGUGCCGUGGGCGCUGGCGUACAGCGAGGAGCAGAUGAUUGUGGAGCAGGAGAGGGCCGAGCUGCAGGCGCAGAGGGCGCAGAAUGAGUUUAUGGCUCCUGGAACACCAGUACCUGGCCAGCCGGUGGGCGCGAAGCCAGCCUUGUGA